UCCCAGUAAGGCUGCGCUGGGAUUGCGAGCGAGAUCGCGCCUGUGCUUAAAGCAGCUUUUCAGUGGGAGGAAGGCUGAUGUGUCAUUGAUUCUCGUCUUUAAGUAAACGUGAAGCUGCAAAUUAAGUCGAGAGCACUUGGAGGCUCCCCUCCUCUAGCAGGUGGCGCCGGGAGAUGAUUUAGAGGUGAAAUGACAGGGUUUCCACCCCUUGAAUCCUGGCUACUUUCUCCCGGUGCGUUUCAGUGCUGAUGUUUUAUUCUGUCUGCAAGCAGCGCUGGAGCCGAGCCGAGGCACUACAGAGUUUUCAAACAGGGACCUGGACGAUUAUUUUAGGAACUCCCUGCCAGAGGAAUGAAUGGAUCUGAAAGCGAGUGUUAGGUCUUUCGGAUGAGCGCUCCGUGGGCUUUGUGCUCCUGGCUGGAUUACUCAGACUAUUGCAAUGGUCUCUGCCAUGUCCUGCUUGCUGUAUUUCUGGAUAAGUGCCAGUGCCUUGCUGCUAUGUCAAGCCACCUACUAUGGUGACAUAGAAGAUCCAAGACCAGGUAGGAGUCCCUUCGGGAUUCUAGAAGGAGGCACGUGUGAGGUGAUAGCAGCGCACAGAUGCUGUAACAAGAACCGAAUCGAGGAGCGGUCGCAGACGGUGAAGUGCUCCUGCCUGCCUGGCAAAGUGGCCGGAACCACAAGGAACAAGCCGUCAUGUGUCGAUGCUUCCAUUGUUAUUGGGAAAUGGUGGUGCGAGAUGGAGCCCUGCUUGGAAGGAGAGGAGUGCAAGACGCUGCCCGAUAAUUCAGGAUGGAUGUGCUCUUCUGGCAACAAGAUCAAGACCACAAGAAUUCACCCCCGGACCUAACGCUGAAUGUGCAGACGGCAGAUUAGAAUGGAAACAUUUCAUGGAUACCAUGAGCAAAACGGUCUCUUUCAUCACCAAGCCAAAUGGGAUUUAUUUUUGCAAAUCUCCUAAAGUGACUGUAAACUUUAAAAAAGAAAAAGAGAAGGAAGAAAAGGCGUCUCUGGAAGUAAGCGAUGAAUGAAAGCGGGAGUCGCAUGCGGGGGGACGCAGUCUGCACAUGGAUGGUCUCCUGUAAAGCACUUUAGACUCGACGGCUGCGUCCGGACUGCGCUCUGUGAAUAUCAGCAGGGCUGACAUCUGCCUGCCCCGUGCCAAAGCCACAAGACUGGGACCACCCAUUGGCCAGGCCUUCACUGGGACUUUGUGGAGGCACAGCUGGCACUGCACUUCAUGCAAUACCCGCAUGCUGGCAUUGGGUUUAGAGCUCCACAUUCUGCUUUCACUGUCUGAGGAACACCAAAAAAAAAUAAGGAAACGCCAACUCCCACCAUUACCCACCCACCCAAUGCCAACUGACCUCUCCUCGUCUGGGUGUUUCUGUUGUGCCCUUUGUCACUCACAUAUCGUGUACAGGAACAUUCAGAGACCCUCAAGGAUGCCAGCAUGAGUAGCAAUACUAACUGGUCUGUGGCCCUCCUCAGUGGGAUUGUGUGCAAUUGAUCUCCUUUGUUUCUCUUUUAUUUAUCAUAGGAAAUGGCGGUCACCCCCACAACACCCCCCCAGUUCUCUGUCACUCUGAUAGGACCGAAGUUUAAAAUCUUAACUUGACAAACCUGCGGAGGCACCAGCUACUGGGGUCAGAGGGGACCUGAGGACCCUGAAAUGUUAAUAUCAGAUUAAGACAUGAAAAUACGGCAGGGGGUACCAGCUUGUGCCCAGCUCAGGACUCGGUGAGGCCCGUCAGUGACAUGUCACAUCUCCUGUCCCCCUGACAGAUGGAGCUCCGCCUCAUGCUGGUGAAGACCCCCCCGCCAUAAUGUGAACCCUCAAAAUUCCAAUACUGCUUCAGUUGGCACGAGACGAUGAGCGCACUCCUGAGUCCCAGCACUGAGCCACCUUUCCCCUAACGUUGUGCCAAACUCAAGUGACGAGGGACUCGGCAGUUUCGGUUAACACACAGUUCUGCCACGUUGGCUCUACGACUCGUUUCCCGUGUGGUUUCAUAACUUCAAAGCCCCCUAAGAUGGCUGUCUGGGGUUUUUUUAUGUGUCCCCCAGUGCCACCUGGCGUAAGCUCGUAAUCUGCAGCGUCACCCUCGUCAUCUUUCAUGCACACUCGUGUUCUGUGCUCUGUGUCCCCAACUCCGUAAGCCCAUCCAAGCCGGGAUCAUCCUGGAGGCUCAGCAGCCACCAAUGGACUUUAGCAGCACCUGUGAGCUGUUUGCAGGUUACGGCCCACCCAGACAUGUCCCACUUCCAGGGGGUCCUCGCUGUGUGACAUAGGAUGGGGUGGGAUGUCUCAGUGCUAACAUAUAAGACUGGGUGUCUUCUGACAGACAUGAGGUGGGGCAGAUAAAGACGUGUGUAACGAGACCCCCACCCCGCAUUGUGGCGUAGUAGGGGGGGCCGCGUUUCCUUGCAUUAAUUCGGUAUGCGUCUGCCUGUCAUGUACCAUUUAAAUGAAGAAGUCAAACAGCGAAGUGCGCAUAUCCUCAGCUAGGACAAGGCGGCCCACCGUAAUGGCGUGAGCAGCGGGAGUGGGCCGCAGUGACUGUCUGUGCACCGAGAAGACACAGCAGUGAGCACAAUGGCGGGUCACAAUCUUACAGGAAUGUGCGGCAUGAGCGAGGGGCACAAGCAGGAUUAGGAGGCCCCUUAUAGAAACGCGAGGGUGUGAAGUGGGCUCUGAGGAGCCUUAAGCCCCCCAGACCCCUUCAGUGAGUUUGGUGUUUUAUGAAAUGACCCGCUAAGCAAAUGUCAGCAUCCGCUCCGCUAAUUUUUGAGUCUUCGCCGCCGGCCUUUGAUAAUAAAGAGUUUACUUUAUGGGGAAAUCUCUCUGUUGUGUUUUGGCACCAGAGACCACCAAGAGAUGUAAUGAAAUAAUCUGUAAAUGUAUCUAUGAAGACAGAGUGGGGGUCUCCAACCCCAACGCUUCUGACUUCUUAUAAAGCAGAUGGCAGGACUUGCUUGUCAAUAGCGAUGAGCGUAACAUGCGAGCUGCAAUUCGUGUGCAGAUUUGGGACACGCUACUCUCGCCUUCUGAUGCGCCGCUGGCCACGUGUUGUGGGUGGUCUACGUCCCGUUAUGAUGGUGGUCUUGGUGAGCGCAAUCCCAAAGAUGCAUCAGAAACAGAAAAGAAAAUCGGCGCUGAGCAGAGCACAAAGUGUGCGACUCCCCCGCUGGCACGUGCCAGUUGCUAGGUAACGGCAGGAAGGGAAUUUUGGCAGGGUGGGCCGAGUUUUCCUGUGGAGGAGACGCAGCACUGUGCACGGUGGGGCGUUGUGAUGUGAUUGGUGUGGAGACUUUGUCGUGAAAUUAAACGGCGCGCUCUCCUCCGAGGUGGCGUAAAGAGAGCGGAAUUCGGCAGACUGGCACAGAGCACAGGUGAACAUGGAAGAGUGACGGAGGCCUUUGGGGGUCCUCGUUUUCUACCCCCACAAAAAACUUUAGUGAGUUUGACAAUUGGGGAAUUGCAUGUCAAACAAAUUUUAUCGUUACUUUUGUAAAACUGGUUUCGCUCAUCUCCAACUCAGAUGUUCGCUGGAGGUCUUGGUCAUGUGAUCCAUUCCCCGUUUUUAUCGACUUAUCAGCGAGAAGGAGAGCAAGCGGUGAGCUCCGGCAGACGAUCGCUAACAUCGAGGAGCUGCUCCGGGCACUGAAGUGGGCUGGGGACCCCUGCCAUAACCCAGUCAGAUCUAUGCCAGUUCUUUCCCUUUGGCACACAUUCAGACGCUUGUUUACAAAAACAGAAACUCGUCUCACGUGGGCAGCAGACCUCCUUGAGAUUUCCGAUUGUUCUUCAAAAACUGACUUGAAGGGGUGAGCUGGAAGUGAGACCCCCAGCUACGGGGGGGGCCGUGAACACAUGACGUGUUGGUUCUCUGACCCCCAGUUUCUUCAGCUGGCCUUCAGCCGAGGGUCCGUCCCCCUUUAAUGUACCAUAUUGAACCGACGUAGGGAGAUUUUUAGAAACUUGCUAAUUCUGAACAACGAGCAUUUUAUAAACGAGACGUCCAUUUUUUAAAAUCAUGCGAUGAGCUUUUUUGCAAGUGUCUCUUUGGCCAGUUUGUCCUUCAUGUUUGACCCCCCUAUAGUUUCAUGACGUGAUACUGUGACGCCACCGCCCUGCUGCAGACAGACAGAGGGAGGACCUCGGGAGGAACGGACGGAGACGCGCCGAUAACAGCGGAUGUUUUACGACUAAAGCCCGGUGCCCAUUUUCUAGCGACUCUUCAUCCAUCUUUCU